CGUCAACCAGUUUGCCAUUCGUUUUGAUGUAGUUUUUGACCCUUUCGGCUUCCGUAGUCUUACUGUCAUGGCGAUCUCCAGCACGGGCAUGGGGACAUCUGAAGCUCUACGCUAUGCAGAAUAUAAGGCAAGACCGAGUUCGGACUCCUCUACUGAUAUCGAUCGACGACUGGGUGGAACAUUAAUAGCGGUAGGACUUGGUGUUGCAGCUGCAGCUUUUGCAGGUCGCUAUGCCUUCCAGCUGUGGAAACCUUUGAGUCAAGUUAUAGCAGAAAAUGCUAAAAAAAUCCCAACCCCAAGCCUUUCGUAUUAUUACAAAGGAGGAUUUGAUCAGAAAAUGAGUAGGCGGGAAGCUAGCCUUAUUCUUGGUGUCAGCCCAUCUGCUAGCAAAUCCAAAAUUCGCGCAGCUCAUCGGAAAAUCAUGAUAUUAAAUCAUCCAGAUAAAGGUGGAUCUCCUUAUAUGGCAAUGAAAAUCAAUGAAGCAAAGGAUUUACUGGAAUCGAGUAACAAACAAUGACAGAGAUGAAUUAUAACUUGCUUUGUUUCAGUGUAAAGUACUUUUGCUCGUGAUUUGCACAAAUGUCUUUUUAUUCCAAGUUCCAACUUUAUGUAUAUUUAUUUUCAGGGAGUUCCAGGGUCAAAACAUUUAGUUACAGGGUACCAGGUACUGAACGCUUUUGGUCGAGCUUUUUGUUUGAUACGCAUGUCUUUUUCUAGAAAGCUCCAAAAUAUGGUAUUGUCCUUUCGUAUAGUACCCUAUUGUAAGAAUCUUCACAAUCGUCUCAUUUGGACCUCAGUUGCUUCUGCACCAGUUUAUAUACAAUAUGAACCAUUAAAUACGUAAUAUAAUUCUUUA